AUGGAGAUGAUGGAAACGUGGGACUUCGGCACGUAUCAGACUGAUUUUAACAAUUUUGAAUAUAAACUCAAAACACGAACCGUAUUUGAUGUAACACUGAAAGUUCACCGCGAGGUUCAAAAGAGAGACAUUGAAGUUGGCCGGAAUUUGGGAAACUGGAUUCUCCAGUGGCUUGACAGGAUGAAACCAGCGGCUCAAAUUCAAGCAGGCGGUCCGAUUCAAUACACCAGUAAUACAAUGAGAAUACCAAGCAAGCGGAUGAGUGAUUAUCGACGCCGGAUAACUGCACCAGCAGGGGUUUGGUAUCAGGAAUCUAGAAAGCGUCUGGCUACCUCGUCGAGGAACCUUUUGCUUACGGCCUACCCAACUGUGUCAAGACUUUUGAGGCGUCAAGUGCCUGUUACGAGUAAUAUGCAGUAUCGACAGUUAGUGUCCAGUGGUAAUGGUUUUACGAAGGGAGUGAUUCGCGAUGAUAUUAUGCAGUGGUUGAGUCGUGGGUAA